UCCUUGGCGCCUCAUCAGCGAGGAAGCACUCGUAUAAGACCAGUGAAAACAACGAGCUAUUUGGGCAUCGAAGCUGUGAACUUUGCGGCACGGUUGCCUUUCCGAAACGAGCUUUUUUUUUGUGACGAAAAUUCUCGGGUUUACUACAGCACUUUACAUUCGAUCCUCGGAGAGCAGAUCAACAAUUAGACGGCGCCCUUUCCUGAAGUCGACUUCGACGAGAAUAGCUGAGCAGACGAUGCCAUUGGCGAUGGGUUAAAUUGGUUCUUAAUUUUUUCGAAUAUUUGAAGGUGAAUUUUCGGAGUUCGUCCAGCUUGCUGCGUAAUUUUCAAAAUUGAAAGGAAAAAUUAUCAACUCGCAGAUCAGUCAUGAAUUAGAAAAGGAACAUCAACACACUUACAUUUUUUUGGUGUACUCAAGAACGGGCUUUUCUCUGCGGCAAAUAGAAUCAUUUGAAUAAAACUUCCUGUUCAACAUGAAAUCGUAAACAAGGAGAGAUACAGUAAACAGGUUCGUUUUAGAAUCAGUUGGUGAGAAUUUCUGAUUCUGAAUCGUAACAGAAUGUAUAAAAGUGAUGUCAGUAAAGAAAAGACGUCCUUCUAUAGUGUGACUUGAAAAAAAAGUAUGGUGCAAGGCUCCAAUAUGGGGGAAAUGAUAAAUUUGACAUUAAGAGCGCUACUAUUAUUCAUGGUGAAUGCUCACAGUUUCAGUUCAAGUACCGUCAGUUUAAAUGGCAGGACAGCUGGAAGGGACGGUAGCCAAGUCCCUAAGAGCGACGCCAAACACACAAGAUUCACCGCGUUGGAGCUUCAGUGCUUCGCAAAGGAGCAAGUCUCGUACGGAGACAGUUGCUACUCGCUGCUGGAACGUGGGCCUUGCAACAAGGGCGAGUGGCUGGUGCUAGACUUGGAGUCGGCGAUCCUCGAGGAGCCUCAAUUGACCGCAGUUUGCGCCGAAAAACAAUGCAACAACAACGACAUCUUCUGGCCGCAAGACGGAUUCUGCUACAACGUGACGGAAGGAGAAUCGUCUCUCUGUCCGGAACGGAACACCCUCCUACACGUCGAUCCUUUCGGGGAGGGCGUGUGCGACUGUAAACCGGACAAGCCCUACGUCCGUUGGUUCAGAUCCAGGGAGCGUCGAUCUUUCCAGUGUUUCGAGGUGUACACGCGAGGGCCGUGUCGACAAGGAUACGUCGUGGUGAAAAAAGGGGCGCAAGUGUCUUGCGAGGAGGACCCUUGUAGAGAUUUUCAAAAAGAGGGGGCCCAAUACGUGUUCUGGGAGGACGAUGGAGUGUGCUACAAGCUCGGAUCCAGAGGUCCGUGUCUCGGGAAAAACAAACUGAUGAUCGACCAGGAGACGAAAGCCCCCGCAUGCGCGUCGUCUUUCACCAACCCUCUCGUGUUGAUUGAGUUGCCGCCGAUCAACAAAAGCUGUAAAACUGACCACGCCGGGAACUGCGUCGAAGAGAUCAAGAUCUCCAACGUUGGUGAUAGGUUUACCAAGAAUUUGAUCCAGAUCGCAGACGAGAAGAAACGGAAACAGCUCUAGACAGAGGAUACAAACAUGACUCGCCUUCAAGUGUAUUCGGAAAUUGGUGUUGUUCCUCCAAAAAUGUCGCUCAUCCAAGAUUUCAACUCUGAAUCCUUUUCAUUCCACAUCAACCCGGUAACAACGACCGUUUAAAAGAAAACUUAAAAAUUCUGGGAAAAAAACUGUGAAAAAUUAUGUUUUUGGAGAUAUUUUUUUUUUUUUUAUUUUUUUUUUUAG